CCACACGAAACAGGCACGCCACAUCCCACACCAUCCCUCACUCUCUCUAUCUCUCUCUACCUCCAACACUCUCAUAUCACAUCCCUCUCUAUCUGUAAUCUCCCGGAAAGAACAAAUUUCCUCUCGUUCCACUUCCUCUUUCUCCUCUGAUUUAAUCACGCAUUAAUAAUCCUCUCUCCUAUCCCACCCUUUUAUAUUCAUAAGUAACAAACAAACAACAAUAAAUCCUAACAGAAACGCAAUUCUCUCUUCUCUCUCUCUAUCUCUAUCUCGCGCUCUCUGCAUUCACUCUGCUUUAUUAUUUUUUUUUCCUUUUCUGGUUUCUGUUAACUGCAUUUGUUGAAUCCCACACAAUAAUGGCGGUUCCUUCGACGGUAUCGGCGACGGCUCCGGCGUCGCUGUACGUUGGGGACCUCCACCCUGACGUUACUGACGGUCAGCUCUUUGAGGCAUUCUCCGAGUUUAAGAGCCUCGCAUCUGUUCGCGUUUGUAGAGACUCGUCCACUGGAAGGUCUCUCUGUUAUGGUUACGUCAACUUUAUCUCUCCACAGGAUGCUAUCCAGGCUAUUGAGAUGAAGAAUCACACUGCCUUGCAUGGAAAAAUGAUGAGGGUGAUGUGGUCACACCGUGAUCCUGAUGCAAGAAAAAGUGGAAUAGGAAAUGUGUAUGUUAAGAAUUUGAGUGAGUCAGUUGAUAAUGUGGGGCUCCAGUAUUUAUUUGGUAAAUUUGGGUCUAUUAUAUCUUGCAAAGUUGCCACGUUUGAGGAUGGGAAGAGUAAAGGCUAUGGCUUUGUUCAGUUUGACACGGAGGAUUCUGCAAAUUCUGCUAUUGAGAAGCUAAAUGGCUCCAUUGUUGGUGAUAAGCAAAUAUAUGUUGGGAAGUUUGUUAAAAAGAGUGAUCGAAUUUUGCCAAGCGCUGAUGUUAAAUAUACAAAUUUAUAUGUGAAAAACUUGGAUCUUGACAUCUCGGAAGAGGUUCUGCUGGAGAAGUUUGCUGAAUUUGGGAAAAUAGUUAGCCUGGUGAUUGCAAAGGAUGAAAAUGGAGCCUCAAGAGGAUUUGGCUUUGUCAAUUUUGAUAACCCUGAUGAUGCCAGAUUAGCCAUGGAAAGAAUGAAUGGAACAGAGCUUGGUUCAAAGGUUCUUUAUGUGGGAAGGGCACAGAAGAAAGCAGAGCGUGAACAAAUUUUGCGGCGUCAGUUUGAAGAGAAACGCAAGGAGCAGAUCUUGAAAUACAAGGGAUCCAAUGUAUAUGUAAAAAACAUCGAUGAUGAUGUCACUGAUGAAGAUCUAAAAGAACACUUCAGCCAAUGUGGCACAAUUACAUCUGCAAAACUUAUGAGAGAUGAUAAAGGAAGAAGCAAGGGGUUUGGAUUUGUAUGCUUCUCCAACCCCGAGGAGGCCAAUAAAGCUGUGAAUACCUUUCACGGUUACAUGUUUCACCGCAAGCCAUUAUAUGUGGCUAUAGCUCAAAGAAAGGAGGACAGACAAGCACAAUUGCAGCUGCAGUAUGCUCACCAGAUGGCUGGAUUAGCUGGACCUUCUACAGCUGUUAUUCCUGGUGGAUAUCCUCCCCUUUACUACACAGCUCCUUCUGGUGUUGUUUCACAAGUAUCUCCAAGGCCUGGGCUGAUGUACCAGCCUUUGGGUAUGAGACCAGGAUGGAGGGCUAAUGGCUUUGCACCCCCAGCCAGACCAAACUUUCAACCAUCACAACUUCCAGCAAUGUCUAAUACUCAAAGACAACACAAGCAGAAUAGAGGACGGACAAAUGGCCAUGUUUUCCCACAGGCCCACUCUGUCUCGUAUACUCAACAGUCCACUCAGUCACUAUCUUCAUCAAAAGAUCCAAGCAACCAGCGGGCUGGACAGGCCAAGUAUAUAUCAAAUAGUCGUACACGUGACGCGGGCAAAGGAUCUGGAGUCUCAUCUGCUGUUCCUACUUCCCUCAGCCCUGUUUCUCAAGGAUCGGAGAUGCUGAGUAGCAUGCUUGCUGCUGCUUCCCCUGAGGAGCAAAAACAGAUUCUAGGGGAGCGGCUUUACCCUCUCGUUAAGAAACACAAGCCUGAUCUUGUUGCAAAGAUUACGGGAAUGCUUCUGGAGAUGGACAACUCAGAACUGCUACUAUUGUUGGAGUCGCCAGAGUCGCUUGCCUCAAAGGUAGAGGAAGCUGUGCAGGUGCUGAAGAUCUCUAAAACAAAAGUAUCUGGUCAAGACACUCUUCAUCCAAGUUACCUGUCUGCCGAGGUUGCAGUCAAUUGAAUAGCGGCCGGGACAAAGUCUAGAGGUUAUGGUUUGGCUUGGCUCCUCGAGAGCAAAAUUUUUGAUACUUGACAUAAUUGAAUCUUCUAUUUUCUGCACCUUUAAGUUUUCCAGCGCAGGAUUUUUCUUUUCAUUUUCAUUAACUGUUACAUUCUGACUUUAUUGAGAUCAAUUGGUAAGAGGUGGGUAGACUCUCUUAUUGUAUUAGCAUUAGCAAGAAAUGGGAUUUUAUUUUGGAACUAA